AUGAUGGCAACAGGCUCAGAGAGCACGCUUCGACAACGGUCGACCGUCCCCAAACAACCACAAUUAAGAGACGACUCUAACAACACCGCCGAGGAUGCACCCAAGAAAGUCAUCAAAUCAGUCUUCACAUCAGCCGAAAAGACCAACUCACUCAUCACCCUCGCAGGACUGACGGCGGUUGCCGUUUUCGCCCGCUUCUACAAGAUUAACGAGCCUGACGAGGUUGUAUUCGAUGAGGUCCACUUUGGAAAGUUCGCCUCGUACUACCUUCGCGGCAGCUAUUUCUUCGAUGUCCAUCCUCCACUAGCCAAAAUGAUGUUGGCGGCAAUGGGCUACUUUAUCGGAUACGACGGACACUUUCUCUUUGACAACAUUGGCGACAAAUACAACGACAACAACGUUCCCUACAUUGGACUUCGCGCCCUCCCUGCCUUCUUGGGGGCCAUGACCGUCCCCUUGGUGUACAUGACCAUGCGCGAGGCUGGGUUCCCCAUCUUGACUUGUGCCCUGGCUGCAUUCCUUGUCAUCUUUGACAACAUGCUUGUGACCCAAACUCGCUUGAUCCUUCUCGACUCGAUGCUGGUCUUCUUUAUGAUGUGCUCCAUCUACAGCUAUGUCCGUUUCUACAAGACCAGGAACAACCCCUUCUCACUCAAGUGGUGGUCAUGGAUGAUCGCCACCGGUGUCUCCAUUGCCAUGACGACCAGUGUCAAGAUGGUCGGUCUCUUCACCGUUGCUACGAUUGGUGUGGCUGUGAUCUGGGAUCUUUGGGAGAUCUUGGAUAUUCGCCGCCGCUUGACCAUGCAGCAGUUCAUGAACCACUUCUAUGCCCGCGCCAUUGGCUUGAUCCUGAUUCCCGUUGUCGUGUAUCUUUUCUGGUUCUACGUUCACUUUGCGAUCCUGGUCAACAGUGGUCCUGGAGACGACUUUAUGAGCACCGAGUUCCAGGAGACUCUCAAAGGCAACACCAUGGCCGACGGCAUUUAUGUCAAGUAUGGCGAUAACAUCACCAUCCGCCACAAGGACACCUCAGUUUACCUUCACUCGCACGAUCACAACUAUCCCUUGAGAUACGAUGAUGGACGCAUUAGCAGUGCUGGACAGCAAGUGACCGGAUACUCUCAUGAAGAUCCCAACAACCUCUGGCAGAUUUACAGUGACAGCGUUGAGAACACCAAGAUUGGCAAACAGGUCAAGGACAAGGAUGUCAUUCGGCUCUUGCAUGUGACCACCUCAUCGUGGCUCUUGGCCCACGACGUUGCUUCGCCCACCAUGACCACCAACGAGGAGAUCACCACCUACUCGACCAACGAGGACGGCUCCCGCUUCAAUGAAACAACCUUCCAGAUCAUUCUUGAGAGUGGUGGCGACAAGCUCCGCACCAUGGCCAGCAACUUUAAGCUUCUUCACCAGUCGACCAAGGUGGCUAUCUGGACCCAUCCUCAGAAGCUCCCUGCCUGGGGCUUUGAACAGCAAGAGAUCAACGGCAACAAGAACAUCGUCCAAAAGUCUAAUCUCUGGUUGUCUGACAACAUCGAGGGCAAGAAUGCCUCGGAGAUUGACCAAGAGUCUUCAAAGGCGGUCAAGAAGAGAUCGUUCAUCCUCAAAUUCCUUGAACUCCAAGGAAAGAUGAUCUCGCACAACGCCGGCUUGACUGAAUCGCACCCUUACCAGAGCUCGCCCAUUGAGUGGCCCUUCCUGGUCAAGGGCAUUUCCUUCUGGACAGAGAACGAUACUCGCAAGCAGAUCUACUUGAUCGGCAACCCUAUCGGCAUGUGGAUCGCCGUUGCUUCUCUUGCUGUUAUUAUCGGUGUAUCGGGCGCUGAUGUCCUGAGCCGUCGCCGUGGCUUCUACCCCUUGAACCAAGAUGUGCAGAAGAGAUUCUACUAUGCGACUGGAUUCUUCUUUAUUGGCUGGGUGUUCCACUACAUCCCCUUCUUCCUGAUGGGUCGUGCGCUGUUCUUGCACCACUACAUGCCCGCGCUGGUGUUCUCGUACAUGGUGUUGGCAGCAGUGCAUGGAUUCAUCUUUAUCGAGGGAGUGGAUGGACCCAUCUCAGACCCCGGCCCGGAGACUCGACCCCGCCAUGUCCAGCGUGCGGUUGUCCCCGUGAUAGCGUAUGCGACUGGAAUCAUCUUGAUGGCUAUCCAUUUGGGAUCGUUUUUGUUCUUUGCCCCUCUUUCCUACGGCACCAGUGCGCCCGAUGUUGCUGGCCUUGCCCGUCGCAAGUUCCUCCCUCAGUGGGACUUCCACUUUGCCAAGUAA